AUGAAGGGUCUUUUCACAGCCUCUUCGGCUGCCCUGUCUUUGGCUGGUGGUGCUAUUGCCAGCCCAGUUGCUCCCCGAUCGGAAGUCGUAUUCUUCAAGCCUCUGGCUGUCACAUCCAACUCGGUACACAACGUCCAUGUCGGUUAUGGAGACGAUGACUUCGAGGGCGAGAUUCGUCUGGUGUAUGGCGAAUGCGGCAUGAAGAGCCACGCCGACGGUCACCACAACGUGGCAUCCCACUACAUCAAGCGAUCAAGUCGCCCCGAGCGCUUCGUCUGGAUCGUGCCGGAUGAUGCUGUCCACGGCGGAUGUCUUCAUGCCUACUCAGGUUCUAACUUGAUUGGCCGCUCAGCGCCCGUCUCGAUCCAACAUCCACCAAGGAAACGAGAGGAGAUCUCCGACGUGGCUGACGCCAUGGGUCCUUGGUUUGACGGUGUAGCCUACAUGGAGGCGAAGCAAAACAACGCAUCGUACGCCGCAGUCGAGAAGAGCAAAAAGAUCGCCAUUGUUGGUGGAGGCAUGUCGGGGUUGAUGACAAGUCUUCUCCUCGACUCCGUAGGCAUCCACGAUUGGCACAUCCAUGAGUCCUCGCAGCGUAUCGGUGGCCGUAUCCGGACGAAGUACCUUGCAGGCAGCACACCCGAGCAAUACCAGUACCAGGAGAUGGGGCCUAUGCGAUUCCCUGUCUCGAUCACCUACCCAGACCAAAACGAAACACUGGAAAUCAAUGACCACAAGAUGGUUUUUCAACUCGGAGACGUCCUGAACCAGAUGAACGGAGGCAACACCAGCGAUCUUGCCGUCAACUUCAUCAACUGGAUCCAAUCAAGCCCAAACCUGCCCGCUAACUCGAAUGGGUACCGUCUGCCAAACGGACGGAUCCCUAGCGCAGCGCAGAUCAAGAGCAACGCAACAGCCUACACAUUGCCAACAGCUGAGGGUCCAGAUGAGGAGGCUGUGGAGAAGGCGGAGGAGGCAUACGAAGAAUUCGUUGGAUACACACCGGAAGUUGAGCGUGAGAUCGCCACCAAUGUCUUCAAGGCUCACAAGAAUGCCGUCGACAAGGGUCUGUUCCAUUGGUCCGAGGCUGCGUACAUCAAGUACGCGCUGAACGCGAGCGAUGAUGUUGUGGACUACAUCACUGGCAAUGCCGACGCUCCGAUCUGGGAGUACGACACUGUAUACUUCAAAGCCACAGAUUGGCGAACGAUUGACAAGGGUCUGGAGUCAUUGCCGCGCGCAUUCUACCCCCACGUUCAGAAUCGUCUGACUCUGGGACGCAAGGUAACCGGCCUGAAGCACGAUGAGAGCACCGGAAAGAUCGCUGUCCAGUGGCGUCAAGAUCCUUUCGCCAUGGAGCCAGAGAGUGAGGAAUACGACUACGCAGUCGUUGCGGUGCCCUUCUCCAAGGUCAGGCUUUGGGAUCUCCCCCAGUACUCCUCGCUUUUGUCGCGCGCCAUCAGCGAGAUGAACUACCAACAGUCCUGCAAGGUCUCUCUGCACUACAAGACUCGUUUCUGGGAACACCUCCCAGAGCCCAUCAUCGGUGGCUGCGGCUCAGUCGAUAUCGCAGGUAUCGGCAGCGUUUGCUACCCCGCGUACAAGGUCAACUCAACUGGGCCCGGUGUCAUCCUCGGAUCGUACAUCUCUGGUGCACUAGCGCGCUCGGUGGGUGCACUCAGCGAAGAAGACCACGUAGCGAUGGUCCAGCGGGCGAUGGUGGAGAUUCAUGGCGAUGUGGCUUCCGAGCAGUGGACUGGUGCAUACGAGCGCCAGUGCUGGGAGACCGACGAGCACCAAGCCGGUGCUUGGGCUUCCCCAUUCGUUGGCCAACAAGACCUGUUCCUGCCCGCCUACUACAAGACCGAAGCCCAAACCAUCUUCAUCGGUGAGCACACCAGCUACACACACGCCUGGAUCUUCUCAGCACUUGACUCCGCCGUGCGCGGCACUUCGCAACUGCUGCUGGACAUGGGUCUGGUCGACGAGGCGAAGCAGAUCGUGGAUACCUGGAUGGGAAGGUGGAUCUCCAUAUAG